GAUGUAGAAGCUAAUUCAUUUUCAGAUGAUAAUGAUAAUACCAAUUUAUUUAAAAAUUUGGAUACACCUGUAAGUGAAGGUGGAAAAAAUUUCAGUCAAGGGCAAAGGCAAUUAUUAUGCCUUGCUCGAGCUUUGUUAAGAAGAUCAAAGAUUAUAUUGAUGGAUGAAGCCACUGCAAGCAUUGAUUUUGCUAUGGAUGAAAAGAUUCAAAAAAUGAUAAGAACUGAAUUCUCUGAUUGCACGAUAUUAUGUAUUGCACAUCGGCUACGUACUGUUAUUGAUUAUGAUAGGAUAUUAGUUCUUGAUCGAGGAAAUAUAAUAGAAUUUGAUAG